GUCAGGUGGAAAGGAACACGCUGACACAAUGUUGCGGUUGUUUCUUAUUUUCCCAGUGCUCGUUCUUCUGACUGCAGUAAACGGAAAACCACCACACGUUGUUUUCAUGGUUGUAGAUGAUCUAGGCUGGAAUGACGUGGGUUUCAACAACCCAGACAUCAUUUCCCCGAACAUCGACAGCCUGGCUCAUGGUGGGGUCAUCCUUGACCAUGCUUACGUGCAGCCCCUUUGCUCGCCGUCACGGAGUGCAUUUAUGACCAGCUACUAUCCAUUCAGACUUGGGUUGCAACAUCUGGUGAUCAAUGAAGGUGCCCCUGUGUGCGCCCCCCUGGACAAGACAUUCUUACCUCAAGUCCUCAAGAGGCAUGGCUACUCCACACACAUGCUGGGAAAAUGGCACCUUGGGUUCUGUCGCUGGGAGUGUACGCCCAGGUACAGAGGCUUUGACUCAUACUACGGCUACUACAACUGCGCUGAGGAUUAUUAUACCAAAAUUAGGCGUGAGUCUGUCGUCAAUAUUUCCUGUGUCCCCCUGCAGGUUCCCAAGCAAUACUCCGACAUGUAUCCUAACGUCACCAUCGAAGGAAGACAGAUAUUUUCAGGCAUGGUGACAGCUGCAGACGACGUCGUGGGUCGGAUGGUCAAGGUGCUGAAAGAGAAGGCCAUGUUUGAUGACACCAUUUUCUUCUUCACCGCUGAUAAUGGUGGCUGGGUAUCGUUCCAUGGAAACAACUACCCCCUGAGGGGUAGCAAGUUCACCAUCUGGGAGGGCGGCACCCGUGUGCCCGCCUUUGUGCACGGAAAACCUCUGCAGAAAACGGGAGUGAGAUAUGAAGGUCUGAUGCAUGCUGUUGACUGGUUCCCCACAAUUCUGGAGGCAGCGGGAAACUGCCCAGACCCGGACAGUGACGGCAUCAGCCAGUGGGAGUCAAUCACUACAUUGUCCCCCUCCAAACGUACAGAGUUUGUGUAUAACUUGGACAACCACACUGACCCUGUUCAGGGACACGCUGCCAUCAGAGUGGGAGACUUCAAACUGAUCGAGGGUAUCCCAGGACUUUACAAUGGCUGGUACAAGCCUGACAACAGCUGGACAGGACUAGAACCGAGCUUUUUCGGUCACUCGAACUGGACCGACUUCAAAGGUCUCUACAACAUUAAAGAUGAUCCGCACGAGCACACCAACUUGUACGACAAACUCCCAGAGGUGGUGAAGAAACUUCAGGCCCGUAUGUCCCACUACUACACAAAGAUGGUGCCGGCCAACUACCCACCCCAGGACCCCAAAGCUGAUCCCAAGAACUUCGACAUGUUUUGGCAGCCAGGCUGGUGUUGA